AUGCAAUUCUGGAAAUUCUCUACUCAGGCUGUCGCCGCCCUUCUCGCCUCGGUGUCCGUUGUUUCUGCCUCCGGCCCUUCGGACGGUGAUGCUAUCGCUGACCCAAAUUCCGCCGUGGUUCAUUUGACCACCAAAGAGUUUAAGAGCUUCUUGGACGAGAACCCCUUGGUUUUGACAGAGUUUUUCGCCCCAUGGUGUGGCUACUGUAAGCAAUUGGGCCCAGAACUCUCGAAGGCCGCAGACACUUUGAAUGAAACCCACCCAAAGAUCAAGAUUGCCCAGGUCGACUGUACCGUGGAGGAAGAUUUGUGCCAGAAGCACAAUAUCAGAGGUUACCCAACCUUGAAGGUCAUGAGAGGUGCUUACCAGCAGCCUACUGACUACGACGGUCCACGUGAUGCCGAUGGAAUCGUUGAGUACAUGAUCAGACAAUCUAGACCUCCAGUGGUUCGUGUUUCUGACUUUUCCAACUUUGUCGAGACCGGCUCCACUGAGAGAAAGCCAUACUACGUGCAAGUGUUCCCAUCUGCUGCUCACAAGAAGUUCGCUUCCCAAAAUGAGACCUACAGCGACAUUGCUUCCUUAGAGAGAGAGAAGUCUUCUUUCUACUCUCUCGAGGAUGAUGCCGUCAUCGCUGAGCUUAAGAAGGUUGUCAAGCAUGAAAUCUCCGACAAGGAGCCAACCUACUUAAUUGUGCAUCCAGAGGACUUGUCUGAUGCCAGAGUAUUCACCGGUGAGUUCUCCAAGGAAAACUUGUCCGACUGGGCCAGCAACGCCAAGGUUCCAUACUUCGGUGACAUUAACAGAGAUACCUACUUGGUGUACAUGGGAUCUACAUUGCCUUUGGGUUACUACUUCUACAACUCUGGUGAGCAGAGAGCUGCCGUCGAGAAGUUCUUCGCUGAGCAGGGUAAAAAGCACUUGGGUAAAAUUAACUUUGUCGGUUUGGAUGCCUCCCAAUUCGGUCGUCAUGCUGAGAUCUUGAACAUGAACCCAGAGAUUGUUCCUUUGUUUGCCAUUCAGGACAACAGCAACGGCAGAAAGUACGGAGUGGACCAGACUGAGCACCCAGACCCAUCCACUGACGUGAUUGAGGAGUUCAUUAACAAGUUCUUGGAAGGUGAGGUUGAGCCUAUCAUCAAGUCCGAGCCUUUGCCAACUGAGGAGGAGAUUGCCAGCCGUGAGGUUGUUAAGUUGGUUGCCCACAACUACGAGGAUGUCCUCAACCAGACCCACAAGGAUAUCUUCGUUAAGUACUAUGCUCCAUGGUGUGGUCACUGUAAGAAGUUGGCUCCAAUCUGGGAUGAAUUGGCUGGUAUCUAUGAGUCAAAGUCUGACGAUUCUGAGGUUAUUAUUGCUGACCUUGACCACACUCUUAAUGACGUCGACACUCCAUUCAUGAUCGAGGGUUACCCAACUCUUAUCUUGUACCCUGCCAACGGCGAGGUUGACCCUAAGACUGGCUUGAGAAAGGCUAUUGUCUUUGACGGUGCAAGAGACUUGGACAGCUUGAUUGAGUUCGUCAAGAGCAAGGGUGCUUUGGGUGUUGAUGGAGAACAGUUGAAGGCUUCUAAAGCUUUGGAGGACGAAGAGGAGGAGAUUGUCGCUGAGGAUGCCGAGGAGGUUGCUGAAGAGGAGGUUGAGCACGAUGAGUUGUAA